UCUGAACUUAUGUUUUUGGUACAGACAGUAGCAAUCAAAAAAUUGUAAUGUUUUAAAAAUUUAUAUAUAUUAUUACUCGUUUCAUUUAAAAAAUUAUUUCUUUUUGUAAAUAAGGGCAAUAUUAUUUCCCCAGAAUUAAUAUAAUUUUAAACAAUCAAGAGAAAUUGCUUGAAAGUUGCAAGUUCCGGGUGUACUUGCGCUACUUUAUAACCUAUAUUCAUAAGACAUGACAGGCUAAAAAAUAUAAGGAAUACAUAACCAAAGGGAAAUAAUUAUAAAGUGCAAAAAUGGCAGAUAAUAAUACAAACAAUGAAACUCCUCUUCGAGAACAACUAAUAAGCACGGCAGUGAAAUUUCUGCAGAAUCCAAAAGUCUCAGCUAGUCCUUUAAGUCAAAAACAAGACUUUUUAAAAAGAAAAGGUCUCACCGAUAAGGAAAUACAAAGAGCCUGUGAUUUGGCGAAUUUGUCACAAAAAUCUUCAAGUCAAAAUGAAUACACAGCUGUGACGAUACAACCUCCAAGACAACUAUAUCCAUAUUAUUACCCAAAUUACCAUCAACCGAGUUUAUUUUUUAAAGUGAAAGAAUUUUUUAAUCUUGCAGCUUUAAUUGGUACUACUGCGUAUUGUGUUUACUGGUUUUAUAAGAAAUUUAUUGCACCUCUGUUGUUCGGGAGUAAAAAACCUGAUCAUCCAAGAGAUUCCGUAAAGGAAUUAGACCAAACCAUUCAACGUUCAAUGAAAGAAGUUAAGGAAUCUCUGACAAAAGUAGAAGUCGAUGUUCAAAAUUUGGCGAAAAGCCAUUCAGUCGAUCCAACAAUUCCUCAGCUGGUUCAAGAAUUAAAACAGGACUUGGCAAGCCUAAAAUCGUUACUUCUAUCCAAAAAACAAUUUCCAAGUGCACCGCCUUCUAUUCCUGCUUGGCAGUUACAUACUGCGAAUCAAAAUCAAGAAAAAUCCACGGAACGAGAAGACGACGCUGGUAGCGGAAGCAGUACCAAUAAUUCGGACAGUUCUUUGGAAAUGAUUCGAGAAGAUCCACCCAAAGAGUAAAAAUAAUAAAAAGAAUUAACACUUUAGGCUUCCAAUUCUUGUUGUUAUUUUUAAAUUAUGCCAGAAACACUGCCAGUGAGAAACAAAUUCUAUAUAUUUCGGUGUUAACUUUUAACUCAUUUAAUAAAUUGUACAUGUAUUUCGAAUUAAACACCGAAAUAUAAAUACGAAUUUUCGUAAUUAUACAUUAAAACCAAAUGUACAAAGUACUAAAUAAUUAUUGCAUGACAGUGGCAGUAUGAACCAAGACCCGUAAAUUGUGUUUUUUAGAAAAUAAACUAAGUGUUUUUUAUAUAUUCUUACGUAUCUAAUAAAAAGUUUUUCUUGUUUCUCUGUA